AGAGCCGGGUGGGGCGUCGGGAUGCAGCCGCCGGUGUCCGGGCCCCCGGGCCUGCUGGACGCCGCAGAAGGGCUUUCGAGGAGGAAGAAGACGUCGCUGUGGUUUGUGGGGUCUCUGCUGCUGGUGUCUGUCCUCAUAGUGACCGUCGGGCUGGCUGCCACCACCAGGACAGAGAACGUGGCCGUGGGCGGCUACUACCCAGGGGUCAUCCUCGGCUUCGGAUCUUUCUUAGGAAUUAUUGGCAUCAACUUGGUGGAGAAUAGAAGGCAAAUGCUGGUGGCAGCGAUUGUGUUCAUCAGUUUUGGUGUGGUGGCCGCCUUCUGCUGCGCCAUCGUGGACGGCGUAUUUGCAGCGCAGCACAUUGAACCGAGGCCCCUCACCACGGGAAGGUGCCAGUUUUACUCCAGUGGGGUGGGGUACUUGUACGACGUCUACCAGACAGAGGUGACCCUGACUUCCUCCCCCAGCCUUGCAGGGCUCAGGUCCAGAGGACACCUGACCACGAGUUUAACUUGCGGAUGGUCACUUGCCUCGUGUGGUGAUGCCACGAUGCCCUCUCUGUGCAGUGCAGAGUCCUCGCCCGCCUACUAUGAGUUCAUCGGCGUCCGCGGCUGCCAGGACGUGCUGCACCUGUACCGCCUGCUCUGGGCCUCUGCGGUUCUGAACGUCCUGGGCCUGUUCCUGGGCAUCAUCACCGCUGCCGUCCUGGGGGCCUUCAAAGACAUGGUGCCUCUGUCUCAGCUGGCUUACGGCCCAGCCGUCCCACCACAGACCCUCUAUAACCCUGCCCAGCAGAUCCUGGCCUGUGCAGGCUUCCGCCCGACGCCCGAGCCCGUCCCGACCUGCUCGUCCUACCCUCUGCCCCUUCAGCCCUGCAGCCGCUUCCCAGUCGCGCCCGCCUCCGCCCUGGCUUUGUCUGAGGACCUGCAGUCCCCCUCUCCAAGCAGCUCUGGCUCUGGGCUUCCUGGCCAGGCCCCACCGUGCUACGUACCCACCUACUUUCCCCCAGGGGAGAAGCCACCCCCGUAUGCACCCUGAGAGGUGUGGAGUAAAAGA